AUGGCUUGGCGAAACGCAGGAUCUGCUGCUCGUUCUUUUGCCUCCGCCACCACAAGGUCACCGUCUCUCCGUUCUCCUACUGCGGCUAUUCCUCGCCUCCGUCCUACCUCAUCCUCCUCACCUGGCCGUCGCUUCACCUUUUCCUCGCCUUUUAGGAACCUAGGAGCACUUGGUUGCACACAGUCUUUCUUGCCUCUGUACAGUGUUGUGUCUGCUUCUCAACUCACCUCUCACCUUAAUGUUAACAUACGGGCUUUCUGCGAACUGUCUAAUGGUACUUGAAGAUGCAUAAGAGUGUAUAAUGCAACAGUGCAUGCAUCGGUUACUUUGAACUUUGAAGUGGUGUGAGUAAUCCAAAGAAUGGGAUAACUUCAGAAAAAACCUUAAUUGUUUUGUUACUUUGGUUUCAGAAAUCCUAGUUCCAUAAUUUUGGAAUCGGUUUGGUUAUUAAAGAGCUUUUAGUUUUCGUGGCACACUGUAUAAUCUCUCUGGCAUAUUCCGAGAUCAUAAUAUUUGAAGUACUUU